AUGCAAAUUAGAGAUGAGUUUGCUGCAUGUGAAUGUAACGUGAAAAUAUUUGCUGGAGGAGCAGUAAAUACUUGUACACUAGCUCCCAUGACCUUCAGGGUUACUCAGCAAACAAGAAUUUACUUCUCGUCUUCAAACAUCCGCAAAAAUCAUACAGUCAAAGCUCGAUAUAGUGAUAUGGAUGGUGGACAGAAAUUUUAUCACUAUCACUAUAUCGAGCGUGUUUUUUUCUUACUCCACGCAUUAUUUAGUGAUAUUUCUAAUGCCGCUUACAAAAAUAAACUCAGAGCUCGAUACAGUGAUAAUAAGGAGGCACGGACCCAAAUUUUCCAAAAAAUUAUCACUAUAUCGCGAUUAUCACUAUAUCGAAUAUCACUAUACCGAGCUUUGACUGUAUCCUUUUUGAUGCACAGAAAGAUCAAGGUACAGAUUCAAACUGAAAACAUAAGUGGACAAUUUAUUAUUGAAUGGAGCUCUAUUUAG